CCAAGGAACAGCCUGCCUGUCUGCCUCAUUUCAGAGUGGGUUAUUGAAGCCGAAGCCUGGUGCUUCAGUCCGGGAAGACUGCAGAGAGUCCUCCCCUGUAUUCCUCCACUACGGUCUGGGAGCAGCAUCUAUCUCCACUGUUGCUGUAACCAUGUUAAUGUCCCUCUGUGGGACCAAUAAAGGACUUCUGAUUCUGGGACAGACAGAAGAGAGGGGGGAGGGGCGGGUUUGAAUGCGGACUUCUUCUUUUCCCGGAUUUGAAGAGUCCUCUUCCUCGCAGCCUACCGUAUCCCAGGAUGCAAUGCGCGCCGGUGACGAGGAAACAAAGAAAAUGUCGGUCCGGUCUCAGAGAGAAAGCAGCACGUCAGGAGUAACUGAUAAAUACGUCCAGCAGCUGCUGGUGGUUAAAGAAGAGGUUCUCCCUGAGCAGCAGGAGUGGAGCUCCAGUCUGGACCAGGAGGACCCAGAGCCCCCCCCACACAUUAAAGAGGAACAGGAGGAACUCUGGAGCAGUCAGGAGGGAGAGCAGCUUCAAGGGCUGGAGGAGGCUGAUAUCAUCAAGUCCACAUUCACUCCUGUCCCUGUGAAGAGUGAAGAUGAUGAGGAGAAACCUCAGUCCUCUCAGCUUCAUCAAAGACAAACUGAACACCUGGAAACAGAAGCUGAUGGAGAGGACUGUGGAGGACCAGAACCAGCCAGGAACUCAGAUCCAGAGAGACAUUUACAACCAGAGACUGAGGACAACCCUGGAGACUCUUCUGAACCUGACACUGAAGACAGUGCUGAUUGGAAGGAGACCAGAGAACCAGGUUCAAACUCUCAGGAAAAUACUCAAGACCCCGUUAGUGAUUCAAGACGUAGUGCCGGAGAGAAAACAUUCGGCUGCUCUUUGUGUAAGAAAACAUUUAAACAGAGAGGAAAUGUAAAUCGGCACAUGAGAAUCCACACAGGAGAGAGAAAAUUUGGGUGCUCAGUUUGUAAGAAAUAUUUUUCACAGAGAGGACAUUUAAAGACACACAUGAGACUCCACACAGGAGAGAAAAUAUUUGGCUGCUCAGUCUGUGAGAAAGCUUUUACACAGAGAAGACAUUUAAAGACCCACAUGAGAAUCCACACAAGAGGGAAACCAUUCAGCUGCUCAAUUUGUAAGAAAUAUUUUGCAGAGAGAGGAGAUGUAAAGAAACACAUGAGAAUCCACACAGGAGAGAAACCAUACAGCUGCAGUGUUUGUGACAAAAGAUUUACCUGGAGUAGUCAGCUCAAAAUCCAUAAGUGUGUUGGUCGUCAGUCCCCACAGCUUCAUCAAACUCAAACUGAGGAGAACAGAGAGGCAGAGCCUCCAGCCAGCAGAUCAGCUGAACACCUGGAAACAAGCUGAUGGAGAGGACUGUGGAGCAUUGGUUCUCAAAUUGGGGUACGCGGACCUCUAGGGUUACGUUGGAGUACUGCAGGGAUUUCGUGAGAUUUCUUUUAUGUUAAUGAAAAAAAAGUAAUGCUUUUAAACAAACUACUAAUAGUAACUACUUCAUUCAAAAGUUUACAGUAAUUCUGGAUAAUA